GCAGAAACAGAUCGAUCUUGUGCUGAAGAAGGAUGAGCCACUGACCAUCGGCCGCGCUCAUCAGACUGAGGCCUUUGAACGUUUGGUGCCGGACGAUGCCCUACGGAACUGCGUGUCCCGCUCGCACUUCACCCUGACAUGGGAUGGCCAGCAGCUUUUGCUGAAACGCACCUCGGCAAAUGCCAUGAUAGUGGACGACGCCGUGACGCAACAGCAGCAG